GAGUUUCAGCGAAAGGCCGCGCACGUUCUAAAGGGUUCGCACGCGCCGGUCUGCAUCGACGUCCGCCUCGGCGGCCAAAUCACCGACCUGCCGGACUUGGCACCAGGCGGGCUCUCUGUGCCCUCCAUGCCCUCUCAGCCUUCUUUGCCUUCUUUGCCCUCCGACACUGAUUCUGGCUACUACUCGAACAAUGGCAAGUGGACGGAAGCUUUGCCUCCCUCUCUCGCGGCCGUGCGCAUUGUCAACGCAAAAGACGUCCGCUUCUCGCAGAAGUCUAUGAAGCGGCGGUUCCAGGAUGGACGCAGCCUGGAGGAGCUGAUCCAAGGCCUCAUGAGGGGUACCUACAACCCCAUGACGGAUGAGUUUCUGAUGCUGACCGUUGUGGAAAAGUCCGACGCCCAGGGGAACCCCGCCCUGUACUCGAAGGACAAUCGGCGGCUCUACUGCCUCCAUGAAUAUCAAAGACGCAUAUGUGCCGAAAGGGUGCCUGUGCGAGUUCGUAUCCUCGCAUGGCAAGACGUGGUCGAUGCCUGCAAGUUUCAGAGGAACUACGACACCGAGCAGGACGGAACUGAUAUUACGCUUCGAAACUGA